GUGAUAAUGAAUCUCGGUAAUUAAUUUUGUGAGCUUCUCUCUGUUUUCUUCUAAAAAAAAACUAUUUAAUAUUUCGUUGGCGAAUUUCAUAGAGAAAAUUUGGAAUUCAAUCCACUUGAUGGGUGAGGAAUGUGCGCGACAGAUUAAAAUCCUUAAAUAAUUCUCUUGUCAAAUUGUGAUUUACCGCGAUGGUUUUUUUCUGCUGCCCAUCUCCUCCCACCUGACUCACUGUGAAGAUUAUAAUUUAAUUCUUUUCUUUUUUGCUACUAAUCUUCAUCCCCACUUUGGCUCAUUCCACAGAGGGUACCUCUGUGAAGCGUUCUCCAAUGAGAUUUUCUUUGCUUUAGAACUUCUCUUGUGACUUCUGGCGGGGAAAACUUUAAAAGAAUUUUGGAAGAAAAUUCACUCCUCCGGGGUGGGGAUGAUUUGGUCGUGACUUAUAAAAUUGUGUGAUCUGCUGGCGGUGCCAAUUGCAUUGCUAAUCUCGCGCAUUUCAGUUAUCGCAGUGAUGGUGAGAAGGCAGUGAGGAAAAAUUGUUGCCUAACGAAGAAGGAAAAUAUUUUUCAUGAGAGUGAAAAUUAAGCAAAUACGUGCGUUGUUGUUUGGAUUUAUAAACAAGAAAGUGCGUGUGGGUGCAAGGACGCAGUUUAGUGGAAGAGUUGAGUGUACCAAGAGGCGACAAGAAGAUCAAAUUGUUCUUAUUUGAUCACCUGGUGGACUAGCGUCAAGCCACGAGAGAAAAGAAAGAAGAGCAAUUUGCUCAAAAGUUGCGUGGAAGACGCCGGCUAAAUUGAAAGUAAAUUGACGAUGAUGAUCCGCAGAUCGCAUCAAUGGGCCCACCUGCUGAGCCUAUUUAUUCUUGUUCAGGUGUUUGAAGCUGAUUGCCAUCGUUUUGGAUACUCACAGGCAGAGCAAAGGAGAUGGUCAAAGAAGCACGGGCACUGUGCUGGAAAAUAUCAAUCCCCGAUUGCCAUUAAUUCCAGAAAGGCGAUUCAUUUAACAAUGCCCGCCCUGGAAAUGGUUGGCUACCACAAUCUCCUUCCUGGGCCCAUCCUAAUUCACAAUAAUGGCCAUUCUGUGUCUCUAACGAUACCCAAACCCUCAAAGAGUGAAGAGGAACUGGGCAGGAAGCAUCCCUACGUCUUUGGUGGGAAACUGAAGAAUGAGUACGAACUGGAAGGGUUGCACUUUCACUGGGGUGACAAGAAUAAUCGUGGAGCUGAGCAUGUUCUCAAUGAUAUUCGCUACCCCAUGGAAAUGCACAUAAUUCAUCGGAACCGGAAGUACAAAGAUGUAGCGGAAGCACUCAACUACAGCGAUGGAUUAACUGUUCUUGGGUUCUUCUAUCAAAUUGACGAAUACGACAGCCCGGAUUUGACGACAAUUGUGAAGAACUUGAGUCCUGUUUCCGACUACGACAGGACUUAUUCGUUGAAUUUCACCUUCUCCCUCUCAUCCCUCAUCUCGACAAUUAACACAGAACGUUUCUACACCUACAAGGGUUCCCUGACGACACCUCCAUGCUCUGAGGCGGUCACAUGGAUCCUCUUCCCGGAACCACUUCCGGUUUCUGUGUCGCAAAUGAAUAAAUUCCGCCAACUCUCAAAUGGGAUUGAAGGAUCGGUAUUGGUUGAUAACUACCGUGCUCUUCAGCCAUUGGGAAAUCGUCGUGUUUUCGUGCGGAAAGUCAAUGAGAGGAAUACUCAUCUCAAUACCAUUGAUAAGAAUCUCCAUUACAACAAAUGGGAUUGGCUCUAUUGAUAAAUGAUGAUCUGUGGGAUCUGUGUGAGGAGGGAUCAAUCAGGGACGAAAAGUCAUUGAUUUUUUUAUUUUUCAUGAGAAGCAUCCAGAAUUAAAGAUGAUAUUUUGUAGGUAAUUAUGUAUUACAUAAGAGGUGGACGAUAUGUGCAAUGGCGAGACAAGAAAGGCGCUACAGAAGAGCUUCAACUUUAACUCAAUUUUUGACCUUUCGCAGCUUAUCUUUAUGAUUCGUCGGCGACUAAUAAAAUUCAGCUGACAAAUUCAUAUUUUUUGCAUGGAGUCUUAAAACUUGCAAAAGCAUUUUAUAGUCACACUUGAGGAUUGAUAAAAGCGCUGCAAUUAUUUUUUUUUAGCACCACAAUGGCUACAAUCGGCUACAAUGAUGACAAAUAGGCCGAGUUUGUGCCUUAUUGUGCGUUCAAAUGGCAAAAAAGUAAUUUGUGAGAGUUUGUAAAUUGUUGUAGUAAUUUUGGAACUAAUUUACAUUGAUAAAUUCUUCUUAGAACCUUAGAAUAAAAUGUAAAAAUCGAAUAAAUUAGUUUUAUUACCCAAUUAAUUGAAUCGCCAGUUGAAUGCUUUUUAAAAAUUAAUAAAAAUUCUUCUGAUUAGUUGAAAAACGAUUUUAUUUUUCUUUUAAAAAGCUUCGGUGCAAAGCUAAUUUGAAUUACAUUUUACGUUUACUUUCAAAUAAUAAUUUAGAGAGCUAAAAUAAUUAGAGAGCUAAACAAUUUCAUUCGUGUGUUCAGAAUAACCAAUUAAUUUAAUCUUAUUUUAUAUUGGACUGAAUUCUGAUAAAAAUCUUUUCUUUUCUUAAAAGAUACUGACAUUUAUGGUAUUUUAUAAAUAGUUCUAUUGUCAUUCUAUAAAAGAAAAAUAAAGACUUUCUUGUUUCAGAAAACAGCCAGGAAGACCUUUAAAGGGCCCUGGAACAGCAAUUUUCCUUUAAAAAAUAUGACUAAGAAAGAAAUAAAAUAUUCAAAUUUUUAAAGAUUCUUCCCAGAAUAUCAAAAAUCUCUGACGAAUUUGUAAGGAAAAGAAAAGAUUUAUAUCAUAAUCUAUCCCAUUUGUUAAAAAAAAAUUUGAAAAUGUAAUUUUCGUUCCUGAAAUUCUUCUUAAAAAUUUAAAAUGUAAAAAAUUGUGUUAAAAAUAUAAUUUUAAGUUAUUUGUGA